UCCGCCGCCGGCCACCAGCACUCUCCUCCGCCGUGAUCUCCCCCAACACACACACCGCAAUCCUGCCGUCCGCCGCCGGCCACCACUACUCUUCGUCGUCGGAACCACCUCCGCUGCCUGGGCUAUUAUACCUGGCUGCGCUUUUUUGGGGGAAACAAUCUCAAGGGAGCCGGAGGCGGAAGAAGAGUCGAUUUCCUUGUGCAGUUCAGACAGAAAGGAUAUCGAUUUCGGUUUGUGCGGCAAGCGCAAUCCAAAAGGAUUAUUUUUUAUUCGGAUUCUAUCUGUUGAGAAGUUGUAAUCAGGGCCCUCCUCCCUUUCCCCUUUUGGAGGAGUGCCGGCCUCAAUAAAUCUAGGAGUGGGAGGAGCACGAGGUGGCACUCAUCGAUCGAAUAAGUUGGCGUCUUCUAUUUCACGGAUGAUUAGUCUGCUUUGCUGCGCCGGCCAAUGAAUAAAUAGAGGAGGACAAGGAGCCUGGUGAUCACAGGCGUCCGCUGUUGUCACAGACAUCAGCAAGGCCAGUUUUUUAUCCGAUCAGCUUCGCGUCCCAACAUCAGUAAGGCCAAUUCAAUUUUUGACGCGAUCAGCCAUGAAGAACAAGAACAGUCGUCGCAGACGCAAUCCAAAUGCAAUUCAGAAAGCAGCUCGCAAGGAAGCUAGUGCUGGCAACGGAGACAGAGACAGGCUUAGCAAGCUGCCGAAUGAUCUUCUGCUCAACAUUCUUGAGAGGGUGGACACGCUCGAUGCAAUAAGGAUAAGGGCCUGCGUCCUGUCCAAGCAAAUGCUGAAGCUCCCCGCCAUGUUCUCGCGCUUCUUCAUAAGUUUUGAUUCCAUUCCAGCUUACCAUGAUAAAGCUCGUCUUCCCAGCCUCAGCCUCAGUGACGUGUUCCGAACCAACAGUGCUGUGGCUCAUGUCACGGAUAACAUCUUGAGCACAAGGAGCCCGGUGAUCACCAUCAGCAAACUCAAAAUCAGAUUCAUCUUGAUGCAACAGGACUCUCUCACCAUUGACAAAUCUGUGGCCUGCGCCAUGGCAACCAACAAGGUUGACGCAGCUGAGUUUGAGAUUGUAACGGAGAAGCCUUACAAGAUAUGCUCUUCUGCUGAUCUCCUCCGCUAUGGGAAGCAGUUCAAUGAUUUUGUCGGUGCUUGUCCGGAUGCAUUUGCUGGCCUUAGGCGUCUGUGGCUGCGCAAUAUGAGGUUUGGUGAACUGGACAUUCCCAACAUCCUCAGCACUUGCAAGCUCGUGGAGUCUUUGCGUUUAAGCCAUUGCGACUCGGGGAUCCAUUCUGUGCAGCAAGUAGAGCAUGCCCAACUUGUUGAGCUCCAAGUUGACAAUGGGAAAUUUGAGAGAGUUGAGCUGAUAUGUCUACUGAAACUCCAACGGGUGACCUAUACUAAUUGGUCCUCUUAUGAAGAUCCCAUAUAUUUUGGUUUUGUGCCACAGCUUUGAAAGCUGAGCCUUGUUAAAAUUGGCGUCGGUUCGCAGAAGACCCUUGAGUUAAGUCAGCUACUUGCUAAUGUUCCUUCCAUAAGCGAACUAUAUCUGGAUUUUAGAAGUGAGAAGAUUUGGGUUAUCCCAGAAUGCCCGAAACUGCUCGUGCCUAUGCUCAGCAAACUACAGCAUGUGAAUCUGGACCAUCUUCCUGAAGGAUGUGAUUUAGCUUGGACAAUGUUUAUUCUUGAAGCUGCGCCCUCCCUAAAAGAGCUGUGUAUCACAGUAUGGGAUCAUUGGUGCAUAAUUAUCACAGACAAAGAGUUCCGGAAGCAACAUGGUUUGUGCGAUAAGUCAGACGUGAAUUGGAAGCCAUAUGCCCCUGAUUUCAAGCACAAGAAUUUUGUUAAGCUCACCAUCUACGGCUUCCAGCCUGAUGACAACUUUGUGCGAUACAUCAGGCGUGUCGUGGAAGCUGCGGUUAAUGUGGCUGAGAUAUCUCUGUAUGACAGGAAGGUGUGUGGGUGCUGUGGUGAUUUGGAUCCCGAGAUCAAGGACAAGGUUUGUCCAUCUAGAUAUCCAAGGACUGCCGAGGAGAGGAAACGGACAAGUGAAGAUUUGGGUUUGCCUUCACGUGCUGUGAUUCACUUCCGGUCCUAAUUGAAAAAUGAUUUGCAUGAAAUGUCUAUGAUAUGCACUUUGCCAAUCAUCUGUCCUGUCAUCUUUUAGUUGGAAGGAGUUAGUAAACUUCAUAAUUCUGUAGCUACCAAGUCUGUACUCUUUCUUUCCCUUCAACUGAAGCUUGUACU